UCCACUGAUGAGCGAUGAUCUUUUUUUUCAUAUGCUUGUUAGCCACAUCUGUGUCUUCUGUUGAAAAGCAUGUAUUCAUAUUUUUUUGCCUCACGUCAAAUUAGAAAUUCUGCCCAUGGCCACUUGAUAAAAGUGUGUGGUGUGUCUGUGUGUGUGUGUGUGUGUGUGUGUGUGUGUGUGUGUGUGUUUCAGGGACCAUUGGAAUUUAGGGAUGUCGCCGUAGAAUUCUCUCGGGAGGAGUGGCAUUGCCUGGACGCUGCACAGCGGAAUCUGUAUAGGGAUGUGGUGUUGGAGAACUACAGAAACCUCGUCUUCCUUGGUAUUGUGGUUUCUAAGCCAGACCUCAUCACCUGUCUGCAGCAAGGAGAAAAACCUUUGACUGUUAAGAGACAUGAGAUGAUUGCCACACCCCCAGUUACAUAUUUUCAUUUUGCCCAAGACCUUUGGCCAGAGUGGAGCAUAAAAGAUUCUUUCCAAGAAAUGAUACUGAGAAGAUAUGAAAAAUGUGGACAUCACAAUUUACAGUUAAAUACCAGCUGUGAAUGUGUAGGUGAGUGUCAUGUGGACAAAGCAGGUUAUAAUGGACUUAACCAAAAUUUGACAAGUACCCAGAGAAAAAUAUUUCAAUGUGAUAAAUAUGUGAAAGUCUUUUAUAAGCAUUCAAAUUCCAACAGACAUAAGAUAAAACACAUUGGAAGAAAAAUUUUCAAACAUAUAGAAUGUGGCAAAGCUAUUGACCAGUCUUUAACCCUUACUACACAUAAGAAAAGUUACACUAGAGAUAAACCCUACAAAUGUAAAGAGUGUAGCAAAACCUUCAACUGCUCCUCAUGCCUUACCAUACAUAAGAUACUUCAUACUGGAGAGAAACCCUUCAAAUGUGAAGAAUGUGGGAAAAGCCUUAAGGACUCUUCUUACCUUAGUACACAUAAGAGAGUUCAUACUGGAGAGAAACCCUACAAAUGUGAAGAAUGUGGGAAAAGGUUUAAGCACUCCUCUUACCUCACUACACAUAAGAGAAUUCAUACUGGAGUGAAACCCUACAAAUGUGAAGAAUGUGGCAAAGCCUUUACGAAUUCCUCAAACCUUGCUGCACAUAAAAUAAUUCAUACUGAAAAGAAACCCUACAAAUGUGAAGAAUGUGGAAAAGCCUUUAAGAAGUCAUUUUACCUUAGUACACAUAAAAGAAUUCAUACUCGAGAGAAACCCUAUAGAUGUGAAGAAUGUGGCAAAGACUUUCCAUGCUCCUCAAACCUUUCUGCACAUAAGAGAAUUCAUACAGGGGAAAAACCCUUCAAAUGUGAAGAAUGUGGCAAAAACUUUACACACAAUUCAACCCUUUUUACACAUAAGAGAAUUCAUACCGGAGAAAAACCCUACAAAUGUGAAGAAUGUGGAAAAGCCUUUCAGAAGUCCUCUUACCUUACUAAACACAAAAAAAUUCAUACUGGAGAGAAACCAUACAUAUAUGAAGAAUUUGGCAAACCCUUUACAUAUUCCUCACCCCUUUCUACGCAUAAGAUAAUUCAUACUGGAUUGAAACCCUACAAAUGUGAAGAAUGUGGCAAAGCGUUUAAGCACUCCUCUUACCUUACUACACAUAAGAGAAUUCAUACUGGAGAGAAACCCUACAAAUGCGAAGAAUGUGGCAAAGCCUUUACGAAUUCCUCAAACUUUGCUUCACAUAAGAUAAUUCAUACUGAAAAGAAGCCCUACAAAUGUGAAGAAUGUGGAAAAGCCUUUAAGAAGUCAUUUUACCUUACCACACAUAAAAGAAUUCAUACUGGAGAGAAACCCUAUAGAUGUGAAGACUGUGGCAAAGAUUUUCCAUGCUCCUCAAACCUUUCUGCACAUAAGAGAAUUCAUACUGGGGAAAAACCCUUCAAAUGUGAAGAAUGUGGCAAAAACUUUACACACUACUCAACCCUUUUUACACAUAAGAGAAUUCAUACCGGAGAAAAACCCUACAAAUGUGAAGAAUGUGGAAAAGCCUUUCAGAAGUCCUCUUACCUUACUAAACAUAAAAAAAUUCAUACUGGAGAGAAACCAUACAGAUGUGAAGAAUGUGGAAAAGCUUUCAAGCAGGCCUCACACCUUACUAGACAUAAGAAAAUACAUAUUAGAGAGAAAUGCAAUACAUGUGAAGAAUGUGGGAAAAUCUUUAAGCACUCCUCUUACCUUACUACACAUAAGAAAAUUCAUACUGGAGAGAGCCCCUACAGAUGUGAAGAAUUUGACAAACCCUUUACAUAUUCCUCACCCAUUUCUACUCAUAAGAUAAUUCAUACUGGAGAGAAACCCUACAAAUGUGAAGAAUGUGGCAAAGCCUUUAAGAAGUCAUUUUACCUUACUACACAUAAAAGAAUUCAUACCGGAGAGAAACCCUAUAGAUGUGAAGAAUGUGGCAAAGACUUUCCAUGCUCCUCAAACCUUUCUGCACAUAAGAGAAUUCAUACAGGGGAAAAACCCUUCAAAUGUAAAGAAUGUGGCAAAAACUUUACACACUACUCAACCCUUUUUAUACAUCAGAGAAUUCAUACCGGAGAAAAACCCUACAAAUGUGAAGAAUGUGGAAAAGCCUUUCAGAAAUCCUCUUACCUUACUAAACAUAAGAAAAUUCAUACUGGAGAAAAACCCUACAGAUGUGAAGAAUGUGGAAAAGCUUUCAACCAGGCCUCACACCUUACUAGACAUAAGAAAAUACAUAUUAGAAAUGCAACAAAUGUGAAGAAUGUGGCAAAGCCUUUAAGCACUACUCUUACCUUUCUACACAUAAGAAAAUUUAUACUAGAGGAAACCCCUACAGAUGUGAAGAAUGUGGCAAAGCCUUUACAUAUUCCUCAACCCUUUCUACACAUACGAUAAUUCAUACUGGAGACAAACCCUACAAAUGUGAAGAAUGUGGAAAAGCCUUUACUGCAUCCUCAACUCUUAACAUAAGAGAAUUCAUAUUGGAGAGAAACCCUACAAAUGCAAAGAAUGUGGCAAAGCCUUUACAUACUUCUCAAACCUUGCUGCACAUAAGAUAAUUCAUAUUGGAGAGAAACCCUACAAAUGUGAGGAAUUUGGCAAUGCCUUUAAGAGAUCCUGUCACCUUACUACACAUAGAAAAUUUAUACUGGAGAGAAACCCUACAGAUGUGAAGAACGUGGAAAAGAUUUCUAGCAGGCCUCACACCUUACUACACAUAAAAAAUUCAUACUCUAGGGAAACCCUACAGAUGUUAAGCAUGUGGCAACACUUUUUCCUAAUCUGCAAUCCUUACUACAAAUAAGAUAACUCAUGCUGGAGAUAAAACCUACAAAUGUGAAGAAUGUAGCAAAACCUUUAAAAAGUCCUCUUUUGCUACUACAUACUGGAAAAUUCAUACUACAGUGAAACCCUAAAGAUGUAAAGAAUGUGGAAAAAACUUUCCCUCAUUCUCAUGCCUCAGUGGACAU